ACCUAACAAAUAUAAGCGUUCAUCCAUUGGCUGGCAACCAGUUCAGGGUGUACCCUAACUCCUGCCCGUUGACAGCUAGGAUAGGUUUCCAACACUCCCGCGACCCUUGAGGGGAUAAGCAGCUAAGAAAAUGGAUCGCAGAAAGUGUUGUGAUCAUCGUGUGAAGAUGUGUGCAAGAACAACCGGAGAGUACAAGGAGGAAGUUCGCGGACCCAAAAAGGAGGAGAAGCCACAACAUCAACUACUGGACGCUGUAUUCACUCUGCAGCCUCCAAUUGUGCUACGCAGAGCAGAUGUCAGUGAAAAUCUUCAUCCAGAGAGGUACCAGUUAGUGUCUCGUCAGGUUAAAGAGGAAGAGGAGGGUAAAGAGGUUCAACGGAUCAAAGAGGAGGAGGAAGAGUUCUUACACAUCAGAGAGGAAGAGCAGGAGGAAAUUAUCCAGGUUCCAUCCACUGGUAUCCAUUUGAAGAGUGAAGGUCAAAGUGAGGAGAGAAGAGCGACGGCUCCGCCAAGCAGGAACAGCUCAAGUGAUGGAGAGUGCAACAGUGGAGAAUUGCAAACAGACAGGGAUAAUGAUGAUGAUGAUGAUGAUGAUGAUGUUGAACAGUCUGAAGGUGGCUUGACAUGUCACACUGCCAACAAAUGCUGGAAAUGUUCUCAAUGUGGGAAAACGUUCGUUUCUAAGGGCAAUUUAAAACGACACAUGAAAAUACACACAGGAGAGAAGCCUUUUUCAUGCACAGUUUGUGGUCAAAAAUUCUCUUGGAAGGAACACUUAAAAGUACACACAAGAACACACACAGGUGAAAAACCCUUUUCCUGCACAGUUUGUGGUCGAAUGUUCUCUCGGAAGGGAAACCUAGAACGACACACAAGAACUCACACUGGUCAUAAACCUUUUUCCUGCUCAGUUUGUGGUCAAAGAUUCUCUGAGAAGGUACACUUAAAAUCACACACAAGAACACACACAGGUGAGAAACCUUUUUCCUGCUCAGUUUGCGGUAAAAAAUUCACUCAUAAAGGAGAUUUAAAAAUACACACAAGAACACACACUGGUGAGAAACCUUUUUCCUGCUCAGUUUGUGGUCACAGCUUCUCAACAAAGAAAAGCUUAAAAAGGCACACAAGAACCCACACUGGUGAGAAACCUUUUUCCUGCUCAGUUUGUGGUCAAAUAUUUUCUCAUCUGGAAACCUUACAAGUACACAUGAGAACACACACUGGUGAGAAACCUUUUUCCUGCUUAGUUUGUGGUCAAAGAUUCUCUUGGAGGGGAUCCUUAAAAUUACACACAAGAACACACACUGGUGAGAAACCUUUUUCCUGCUUAGUUUGUGGUAAAAAAUUCUCUCAUAAAGGAGAUUUAAAAAUACACACAAGAACACACACUGGUGAGAAACCUUUUUCCUGCUUAGUUUGUGGUCAAAGAUUCUCUUGGAAGGGAUCCUUAAAUUUACACACAAGAACACACACUGGAGAGAAACCUUUUUCCUGCUCCUUUUGUGGUCAAAGCUUCUCAAAGAAGGAAAGCUUAAAAAAUCAUACAAGAACCCACACUGGUGAGAAACCUUUUUCCUGCUUAGUUUGUGGUCAAAGAUUCUCUUGGAAGGGAUCCUUAAAAUUACACACAAGAAUCCACACUGGUGAGAAACCUUUUUCCUGCUCAGUUUGUGGUCAAAGCUUCUCAAUAAAGGAAAGCUUAAAAAAUCACACGAGAACCCACACUCUUGAGAAACCUUUUUCCUGCUUAGUUUGUGGUCAAAGAUUCUCUUGGAGCGGAUCCUUAAAAUUUCACACAAGAACACACACUGGUGAGAAACCUUUUUCCUGCACAGUUUGCAGUCAAAAAUUCUCUUGGAAGGGACACUUAAAAAUACACACAAGAACACACACAGGUGAGAAACCUUUUUCCUGCACAGUUUGUGGUCAAAUGUUCUCUCGGAAGGGAAACCUAAAACGACACACAAGAACGCACACUAGUGAGAAACCUUAUUCAAGCUAACUUUAUGGUCAAAGAUUCUCUUAUAAAUAUCAGGCUCAGACACACAAGUGUGCUGAUGGGAAUAGCAGAAGGUUGUGAUGCAUAUGUGAAGAUUUUUAAAAAAUUAGUUACUAUCUUCUUUUUCUUUUGACUUCUCCCUUUAGGGGUUGCCACAGCGUGUCAUCUUUUUCCAUUUAAGGCUAUCUCGUUCAUCUUGCUCUUUAACACCCACUGUCUUCAUGUCCUCCCUCACAACAUCCAACAACCCUCUCGCUCUUUUGCCUGGCAGGUCCGUCCUCAGCACCCUUCUACCAAUAUACUCACUUUCUCGCAUCUGAACAUGUCCACACCAUCGAAACCUGCUCUCUCCAACCUUGUCUCCAAAACAUCCAACUUUGGCUGUUCCUCUGAUGAGCUCAUUUCUAAUCUUAUCCAUCCUGCUCACCCCGAGAGAAAACCACAACAUCAUCAUUUCUGCCACCUCCAGUUCUGCUUCCUGUUGUCGCUUCAGUGCUGCUUGGACCCAUUUCUUCACUUCUUUACCACACUCUCCAUUGCUCUGUAUUGUCGACCCAAAGUAUUUGAAGUUGUCCACCCUCGCUAUCUCUUCUCCCUGGAGCGUCACUCUUCUUCCUCUGCCCCUCUCAUUCACUCUCAUAUUCUGUUUUAAGUCGGCUAAUCUUCAUUCCUCUCCUUUCCAGUGCAUACCUCCAUCUUUCUAAUUGACCCCUCCGUACAGGGCACUUAACCACGCCUCCUGAAGUGACGUCACGCCACGUGCGCUGACGUAAGACAAACAAUUCGUAAAAAUGGCAAAUACAAUACAAUACAUUCUUAACUGAGAGAGACGCCAUGCUUCUGAUUUCAUUCAAUCAUUCACACGUAGCAAUGUUAUGCUAGCGAAGAACGUCUCAUUCAUUUAUACGAGACGUGUAUUAAAAAUCAAAUUUAGGGCAUAUCUUCGUGCAAACACAGUCUGGUUAAGCUUCGGCCGCGAGCCAGCAAGAAAGCGACACGUUUGUGCAGUCCGAUCAUCGCUAAAUAUCGCUCAACAAAGAAUAAGUGUGUCAAUCGAUCACAUGUAGUGGUGUUAUGAUAGCGAAGAACGUCUCAUUCAUUUAUAUGAGACGUGUAUUAAAAAUCAAAUAUAGGGCAUAUCUUCGUGCAAACACAGUCUGGUUACGCUUCGGUCGCAAGCCGGCAAGAAAGCGACACGUUUGUGCAGUCCGAUCAUCGUUAAAUAUCGCUCAACAAAGAAUAAGUGUGUCAAUCGUUCACACGUAGCAAUGUUAUGCGAGCGGAGAACGUCUCAUUCAUUUAUACAAGACGUGUAUUAAAAAUCAAAUUUAGGGCAUAUCUUCGUGCAAACACAGUGUGGUUAAGCUUCGGCCGCGAGCCAGCAAGAAAACGACACGUUUGUGCAGUCCGAUCAUCGCUAAAUAUCGCUCAACAAAGAAUAAGUGUGUCAAUCGUUCACACGUAGCAAUGUUAUGCGAGCGGAGAACGUCUCAUUCGUUUAUACGAGACGUGUAUUAAAAAUCAAAUUUAGGGCAUAUCUUCGCGCACACACCGUCUGGUUAAGCUUCUGGCCGCGAGCCAGCAAGAAAUCAAUACGUUUGUGCAGUCCGAUCAUCGCUAAAUAUCGCUCAACAAAGAAUAAGUGUGUCAAUCGAUCACAGGUAGCGGUGUUAUGGUAGCGAAGAACGUCUCGAUCAUUUAUACGAGACGUGUAUUUAAAAUCAAAUUUAGGGCAUAUCUUCGUGCAAACACAGUCUGGUUACGCUUCGGUCGCAAGCCGGCAAGAAAGCGACACGUUUGUGCAGUCCGAUCAUCGUUAAAUAUCGCUCAACAAAGAAUAAGUGUGUCAAUCGUUCACACGUAGCAAUGUUAUGCGAGCGGAGAACGUCUCAUUCAUUUAUACAAGACGUGUAUUAAAAAUCAAAUUUAGGGCAUAUCUUCGUGCAAACACAGUCUGGUUAAGCUUCGGCCGCGAGCCAGCAAGAAAACGACACGUUUGUGCAGUCCGAUCAUCGCUAAAUAUCGCUCAACAAAGAAUAAGUGUGUCAAUCGUUCACACGUAGCAAUGUUAUGCGAGCGGAGAACGUCUCAUUCGUUUAUACGAGACGUGUAUUAAAAAUCAAAUUUAGGGCAUAUCUUCGCGCACACACCGUCUGGUUAAGCUUCUGGCCGCGAGCCAGCAAGAAAUCAAUACGUUUGUGCAGUCCGAUCAUCGCUAAAUAUCGCUCAACAAAGAAUAAGUGUGUCAAUCGAUCACAGGUAGCGGUGUUAUGGUAGCGAAGAACGUCUCGAUCAUUUAUACGAGACGUGUAUUUAAAAUCAAAUUUAGGGCAUAUCUUCGUGCAAACACAGUCUGGUUAAGCUUCGGCCGUGAGCCAGCAAGAAAUCAAUACGUUUGUGCAGUCCGAUCAUCGCUAAAUAUCGCUCAACAAAGAAUAAGUGUGUCAAUCGUUCACACGCAGCACUGUUAUGCUAGCGAAGAACUUCGAAUUCAUUUAUACGAGACAUGUAUUGAAAAUCAAAUAUAGGGCAUAUCUUCGUGCAAACAUAUCUGUUCCAGUUGAUUUUAGAUGGAUUCAGUUGAUGAUGCGGUCUUCUACAAAGUUUGAUCCAUCGAAGGCAAUUUUCGUACUGGGUCUUCGGUUUUGGAAAGGGUACGAAUCGAACUCCACCAAGUAGCCUUUCAGGAUACCUGUCGUCACUAUUACAAAGUCCGUGACUACACCUCUUAACCAUAUUUUUUGUUAAAUAACCCAAAUACGCGAUAAAACGCUAACUAACCCUAUACUGGACCAUACAAUGGUGUCUGAGAAAAUGGCGGGAGCAAAAGCGGGCUUUGGUUUAUGCAGAUCUCUGGCCUCUGAUUGGUCAGUGACGCGGAUUGCGCAAUAUCCACGGAGGGGUCAAUUGUUCCUCUGCCUGCUCCCUGCUACGAUGUUACUUUGUUACUGACUCAGGAAAAUCAACAUCCUUCUGUGUGCGAGCUUGCUUUGUAUCUUGUAUUUUUAAUUUUUUGAAAAGUUUUAAUUUUGUAAGUGAGGGGAUUACACUUUAAAGCUACAAAAUGUAAAAUAUGAAUAAUUACUAACACUUAAUAGGCCAGUGCCUACAUUUUCUCAUACCAACAAUGCCAGUAGUAUUUCAUUUUCAAUUUUUGUGAUGAAAAUGUUGCAUUUGAAAUGGAAUUAAUUCUUUCCCAAUUCGUGGUGGGGGGGACAUGGUGAAUCUGUUUAUGACAUACGGACCAUAAAGACCCAUUCUUCCUUUGAGCAAUGUUUCCGUUUUGUCUGUUUUCGUGAUGUUGGUAUCAAAGAAUUAAUUGACUGAAAUAAGGCUGUCAAGAAACUUGGAGUUUUGGCCGAAAUUUUUGUGCAUUUGUGAUCUUGAAUGAAAUACAUCCCUUAAAACAAUUAGGUAGACUUUAUUUGUGUAUCCAAUCCAUUUCCUCCAUUUAAAAAUUAUUGAAAUGUUCUUUAUUCAUCUGACAACCUCCAGAAAGAAAUACAAAACAUGGCCCAAGCGUUUGCUGUGGGGACCCCUAAUGGGACAAGCAAAUGUUGAUUAAAAAUAGUCCAGGGUGUAAUAUGAUGUCACACAAACAAAUGAUGGAAAUGUUCUCAUUGAGGGAAAACUUUUGCUUGUAAAAGCAAAUAACACAUGUGAAGACACCCUGGAGAGAAAACCUUGCCUGCUCCAUUUUUGGUCAAAGAUUCUCUUCCAACAAGCUUCCGUUGAAAAUUUUAAAGUUUAACAACAAAAAUAACGACUAUUGAUUUAUUAAAGAGAGACCGUAAAUAGGAGGCCAGGUUGCUUGAAUGUGCCUUUAUGUGCAUACGAUCAACGUGUUUGCCACAGCUGGAUCAGGAAGAGAUGGAUGAUAGGCCGACGUCUUUUUUUUUUUUAAUGACCAAUGAUGAAAUAGAAUGACCAAGUCACAAAGAUCUACCCACUACAAAAAUACAAAACAUAUUUAUUUUAAAGUGUAUUGAGGAUUCUUUAUGUGUAAAUGUAUGUUUGUGUGCGUUGCAUUACCGCAUGACCAAUAUUGCACAACACAGCAUAAUUAACUAUGAACAUUUUUUGUAACUAUCAGAGUUCACAUUGAUGAUCAUUAAACACAUCUAGAAUUAGUCUUCAUAAAAUUAUGCUAUUGUAGUUACUUAUAAAUAUAUAUAAAUAAUAUAUAAUAUAAAUAACUACAUAUUGUACAUCCAUCCAUUUUCUAAACUGCUUAUCCUCACAAGGGUCAUGGCGAUUGCUCGAGCCUAUCCCAGCUGUCAACGGACAGGAGGUGGGGUCCACCCAGAACUAGUUGCCAGCCAAUCGCAGGGCACAUAGAGACAAACAGCCGCACUCACAAUCACACCUAGGGGCAAUUUAGAUUGUCUGUUUUUGGGAUGUGGGAGGAAAUCACAUGUGGGAGGAGUGCCCGGAGAAACCCACACAGGCAUUGGGGAAACAUGUGAACUCCUAUAGCCUAAAUAUAAUUUGUCUUCAAAUAUUUUCAGUCAGAAUAAUUAGCGAAAUAAUUUCACCUGUUUUAAUUAUGCGAUAUUGUGUAUUCACAAAUUGUUUAUUUUAUGUAUGCUGUGGAUAAUGAGUAUAUUGCAUUCUGGGAUAUUUAAAAUGAGGAUUUGAGGUUUGCUACAUAGUUGAUACGUUGUGAUGACGGAAUGAACCAGAAGAAGAAUGAAGGUUAGACGAAAAAAGAUGGACAGUGGAAAUAUGGACGGUGGGGUGAAAUAGUUUUUUGACCAUCAUCAUCAUCAUCAUCAUUAACAUCCAUCCAUCCAUCAUUCGAUGUGGAAACAAUUUUAUUUACGUUAUUUUGACAGUUUGAAUUCAAGUAAACAGUUUCUUGAACCAAUCCAACCAUGGAUUGCUUUUGUUUCCUUUUUUUUGAGCAAGUAAAGAAGGAACGAUGCAUCAAUAUUAGCCCUCAUUGGAAACUACAUGUUUAGUCAAAAAACUCGCUCUUUUUGGAUGGAUAUAUAGACUUUGGAACUCAAAACCACGUAGUUUGCGCUGGAGGAGAAAACACGUGCUCAGACAUCGGAAGGAUUUCGAACUGUCAGUUGAUUGAUUCGAUAUGAGCCCCAAGUAAACUGCCGUUAUUGAAAUUGCAGUAGAAAAAGCUACGAUAGCAUUCGCAAUUGACCCCUCCGUAGAAAUUCCGUCAUCUGCGUCGCUGACCAAUCAGAGGCCAGAGGUCUGCAUAAACCACGCCCCUUUUUUUGCACUCGCCGUUCC